GAAAAACGUGCAAUUCAACAGGGCCUCGUUUGCACCGUGCCCUUGAUUCGAAAAGAAAAACGUGAAUACAAGAAAUUUAGUAGCCUACUUUGGACCAAUACGGAAAAAAAGAAAGCAUUUCGAUCGUUUACAAUUCUUUUCCUGUGGAUGCUCAGUUUGAGUGUGGUUCUGUUUGCUGACUAUUCCAUGUAUCAAGUCCUGAUCACAAUCAUGCCCAUGUUCUCCACAAACUUUGCCUCCUACGGGGCGGGGGCAAAACUGGGCAAAGAGUUUGAACCGGAAGGAACCAGCACUAUCACGAAGCCAGAAAUCCGUGGAGAGUCAUCUUAUGCGAACAUGGUACGUACCAUGGUCUCUAUGCUCAAUCCGAUAAAGGAUAUUGCGUUGGAUGUGGAUGCCGAAGCGUGCAGACCGAUCGCAAAUCCACCAGACAACUCGACCAACGUCACUGUUGUAGUGAUGUUAGUGCUGACCAUCUUUUCAAUCAUUUUUGAGGUGUACAUCCUACGCCUGCGUCACAUCAUCAUGAUUUGGUACUAUCCAACACGUGGAGUACAACGUGCGGCCUGGUUACGCACACACAUUCGUAACAAUCGAGGCAUGUUUCAUCGUUUGAUUCACAAAUUUCGCACCAUGGAUAUGCGACCGACUAGGAAAGCGGAGAGGUCCUCUCGUCUGGGAAAACUGCUGCUUCGAUUCCCUCUGUUACGCAGUUUGCUCGAACUGAUCGGUAUCAAACGUGUCAUGUGCACGUUCUGUGGCAAGGAAGGGAAUCCGGCCAAAAAAGCAAUCUUUAACGAGAAUUUCACACAGUGUGUGGAAUGCGGCGGUUAUUAUUGUAAAAUUUGCCAGGUGGAUUUGGAUAAUAUUUGCAUGGUAUGUCAAACGCCGCUAUUCGCUUUGGCUGUCGAGGUGGAUUUCGAGCAGUUGUCCUCGGAGGAGGAGUUUGAGGCGGUUUGCGCGCGAUAUUUGAAGCGUGCAAGUCAGACCACGGUCAAACCGAACGCGAAAGGUAGUAAAACAGCUGUAACUUCUCCGCGAAUAUAA